AUGCCUCGAAAAGGUAGCAGUCCGCAGGAAAUCCCUGGCUUUGGGCUGUCUACCAAGUUCGAGGUGUCCGGCAUCGCUUCAGUUUCCACCCUCCACGAUCCAGCCCAAGUCGCUGACACGUUCGCCGAGCGCAAACGCCAUACCCAAGACUAG